GCCUUCCUCGCCGAAAGCGCAGCCGAGGUGUGAAAAAUGCCCCGUUGAGGGUAGGAAACAUGCCAAUAACAUGAGAGAGAACUAGAGGUAGCACUGCAAACAGCCCAGGGAAAUAAAACAAAUAACGACUUAAAUUCCUUCCAGGUUUAAAGAAAGAGGGGAGAGGGGGGGAAAUAAAGAGAGAGAAGCGGGAAGGGGGCUCUCGGCAGGCUCUGCGGAUGUCCUGAGAGGAUUCACUUUGUCUGCGGAUAGAAGGGACGCUGGUGGCUUUGGUGGCGGAUGGAGGGGGGUGGUUGUUGGUCAUCCACAUGCCACCCAAGAUGUUAUUCACUGCUAACAAUUACCAUUAUCUGUCCCCACUUUUGGCUAAUCAGACAGAAUAUGUAAUGAUGAAGCCUGUUUCCUGCUGUCUUUGGGAGGUAACGGGUUAUUCUCUCAUGGGGGUGGCAGAAGAGGGGGGUUACACCUACUCCCAUUAGGGCUUUAGCACUUGACUAAUUCAGGUACUUAGCAUCCUAUAGACAGGGACGGUUUGAAAGCAGGCAGUGUUUGCAGUGGGGAGGACUGUUUAUAUAAACAGGACACCUCUGUAAACGACACUAAUAUUUGGGGUUAGGUGGCGAUGGAAAGGAAGGUCCUUUUGAGCCGGGAGAUUCCGCAGUAACCAGGCGCGGACCUUUCCUAGCAGCUUUUAAGAAAGGGGGUUCGGUUUGGGGUGAUAUUUCUUGGGGGGUGUGCACAACCUACCAUGGCCACAUCCGGCAGGAUCAGUUUUACAGUGAGGAGCAUUUUGGAUUUACCAGAGCAAGAUGCUAAUAGCAUAAAGCAAGCCUCUGAGCAUCACCACUCAGCGGAGAACUACACCGGCUCGCCGUACCGAGGGUGGAUAGAAACAGACAGAAAUCACUAUCCCUCUUCCGACGAGAGCGGCCCGGAGAUGAGCUUGCCCGACUCCACCCAAAGGUCGCUUCCCAUCCGCGGCUCGGAGGCCGAGGAGAAGAAGAAGAAGCGGCGGGUGCUCUUCUCCAAGGCGCAGACGCUGGAGCUGGAGCGGCGGUUCCGGCAGCAACGGUACCUCUCGGCUCCGGAGCGGGAGCAACUGGCCCGGCUGCUCAGCCUCACCCCCACGCAGGUGAAGAUCUGGUUCCAGAACCACCGCUACAAGAUGAAGCGGGCGCGCAGCGAAGGUCCCGGCAGUCCCCCGCCGCGCCCGCCCGCCCUGCUGCGCCGGGUGGUGGUACCGGUGCUGGUGCGGGACGGGGAGCCCUGCCGCGGCUGCCCCGCCAGCCCACCGCCACCCACCCCACGGCCCAAGCUGGGCUGCGCCCUGGCGGGAUGCAGCGCCCAGGCCGCCCUCGCCCUGCAGGGUUACGGAGCCUGCCCGCCCGCUGCCGCCCUCGGCGUCUUCCCCGCGUACCAGCACUUAGCGCACCCCGCCGUCGUCUCCUGGGGAUGGUGACAGCGGCGCUUCGCCCUCUGGGACCGGACUCAUCCCACGGGCGCGGGGCGGCCCGCUCCAGACCCAGGCUCUAGCGCGGGGAAGCGCCGAGGCGCGCCGGGGCACCGCGGAGGCCGCGCUCGGGCGGGCCGGGCGGCGGAGCGCGGCUCCGGGACAGUGGCCCGCGGGCUGGAACGAAGAUGGCCCGGGCCAUGCUCCCCUUCUCCGGUCUCGCCCGAGGGCGCAGAUGCCGCGUGAGGCGCGAAUUUUGUAAAACCUCCGCUCCUCCUGCUCCUUUUCGAGAGAUUCCUAGUUACAAAAUAAUGAUCAUCCUAGCGACAUAGUGUGUUUUAAAAUAGCUGACUCUUCCAGCGACUAAUAAAACUGGUUUUGGCAAUUAUUUUUUUCUCUACAGAGAAGAGUAGUUUUGACGAUUGGGACUGUUUCGUAGGAUUGCCUCCUGUGCUAUGAAAGCUUAAAUAUUGUCUUGAUUGCGCCAGCCGAAUUUAACUUUCAAGUUCGUUUAUUUUAUCUACAUGCGACGGUAAAGGGCGAAUAAAGUUUGCUGUGAGCAUCCCA